CACGUCAGACACAAUGCCACGUCAGCAGUGCCACGUCGGACAAAGUGCCACGUCAGCAUUGCCACAUCAGCAAGAUGACAGGCCUGCCAGACCAGCUGGCCAAUGAGUCUCUUGCCGGCUACAAAAAGCGGUUCCAUGCUCAGCUCGCACUCAUCGAGGCUGAGGAACAAUGCCAGCUGGCAGCCGAGGCUGCCCGCCAACAGGCUGAAGCAGCGGCAACCACAGAGAAGUUGUGGCUACAGGCCGAAGCAGACGCAGAUACCCAGGCACGCCGCAAGGAAGCCCAUUAUCUGUUGCAGCGGCAUGAGGCAGCAAGCAUCGAGAAACUCAAGUUCUGGGUCUUUGAACCCAACGGCGAUGCGGCGACACCGGAAGAGCAACACAAGGAGUUCCUCUCCAAACUCGUGACACGGAUGUUGUAUGCAUGCAACUACCAACGGUCCAGGCUAGAGAAACAGCACCAGGAGUUGGCGAGGCUCCGCCGGACAGUGCAGAGCCACGAGGAUGCAACACGGGCACUCAAUGCCCGUGUGCUGGACCUGGAACAGGUUGUGCCAGGACCAGAUGCUGGUGUUUCCAGCAGUGCACCCUCCAACCUCCAACUGGAGGAACGCGUCGAUCAUGUAGUGGCAAUGCUAGGUGGCAUCAGCACCUUCGCAGCGCCAGCCACCAUCAGCCAGCAGCUGGACACACUGAAGACCGAGAUCAGGCAGCGACAACAGCCAUCUGACCCCGAUCGCAGCACCAGCACAGCGAAGCAUUACAAGAUGCCGACGUUCCAGAUCGAGAAGUUCGAUGAUUACACACAUAAGGACCCGGUCGUCUGGUGGCAAGGUUUUACGACAGAAUUGGGGAUUCAUGAGGUCCCCAAACAUCUGUUCAUCGGCGCACUGUUCCUUAACGCCAAGGGAGGAUGCCAAAUCUGGCUCAGCCAUAUGGCAACCGUCCACGGCGUCGAGGUCUUCGACCUACACACAAAGAUCUCCUGGGAGGAUCUGACAAAGGAAUGGAAAAAGCGGUUCAUCAUGGACGACGCCCCGGCGCUCGCCAUCAACCACAUCUUCACGAUGGCUCAAGGGAACACACCGACACGUGAUUGGCUCACGGAUUGGCAGAAGAUUGUGGCGACGCCCGAUUUAGACUUACCAUUCCCACAUUUGCGCCGAGAGUUCUACAAUAGAUCAUGCGCCGCUUUGAGCCUCGCACUUGGUGAUCACGAGCAGUACAGCACCUUCGCCGAAAUCAUCAACAAGGCAAGGGAGAUCAUCAAGACCAACAGGGCAGCUGCACACGAGAAGUCAACGUGGCAGCCCACCUUUGUGGAGAAGGUGAAGACUGUUCCGCGGCCGCAGCAUGUCGCUGCAGUCCAAACGAAUAGUGAAGAAGACCUCGCAGCCACUCCAGCAUCACGUGAGGGAGAUCAGGUGGCUGUUGUCCACCCAAGAAGCAACAACAAGUCCUGGAAUAAUGGGAAGGUGAAAUCCGCAUCGCAGGCUGGAAAUGGACAGCCAACACCAUGGGUCAAGUUCAACUUGACCGAGGCCGAGUACAAGUUCCGCGGCCGUUACGGCUGUUGCUACGUGUGCAAUAGCACCAAGCACAAGACGUCCCUCUGCCAGGAUCAGGGCAAGGAGGAUGUGCGGCCUUGUCUCAACUCGGGAAACUGAGUUUCGCGGGAGGUGAGGCGACUUUACCUUCCACUCCG